CACAGCUGCGUUCACCCCUGCUUCGCCUCUUUCUUUCUUAAGACCUCCUCCGAUUCUCCAUCCUUAAAACCCUAACCAAAUCCCAGAAAAGAAACCAUUUUUCCGAUUCAGUUCCACCACCCAUGGAGUGGGUUCGAGGCGAAACGAUUGGGUAUGGAAGUUUUGGUACUGUCAAUUUGGCGAUGCAGGGGAAAAGCUCUGUUCAAGGUUCCUCUGUUUUAAUGGCUGUGAAGUCUGCACCUGCCUUUGAUGCCGGGUCGCUCAAGAAUGAGAAGGCGGCGCUCGAUCAAAUCGGUUCUUGCCCGGAGAUAAUUCGGUGUCUUGGUGAUAAUUAUAGUUUCGAGAACGGCGGGGAGUUGUAUAAUGUUUUUUUGGAGUUUGCGAGUAAAGGGUGUUUGGCUGAUCAGGUGAAGAGAAACGCUGGUGGGUUGGGGGAAUCCGAUGUCCGGCGGCACACAAGAUCGAUACUUAAGGGGCUCCGGCAUAUUCACGCGAAAGGGUUUGCUCACUGCGACAUCAAGCUCCAGAAUAUAUUGGUGUUCGAAAAUGGUGGUGCCAAGAUUGCGGACUUUGGGUUGGCGAAGAAGUUCGGCGAGGAGAAAAAAUUUGAAAUUAGAGGAACUCCUCUGUAUAUGGCGCCGGAGUCAGUGACGGAGAGCGAGUACGGUUCCGGAGUGGAUAUCUGGGCGCUUGGAUGUGCGGUGGUGGAGAUGGCAACCGGAAAACUGGCGUGGAAUUUAGAAAAACACUCAAACAUCGCGACGCUGAUGAUCAAAAUCGGAUUGGGCGAUGAAUCUCCAGAAAUCCCCGAUUCCCUGUGCGAGGAAGGAAAAGAUUUUCUCAAAGAAUGCUUUGUGAAGGAUCCCAGAAAUCGAUUGACGGCCGACGCGCUAUUAGACCAUCCCUUCGUCGCCGGCGAUGACACUGUUGCAUUAAACUGCGAGCAACUUUCAACGUCACCGCGAGGUCCCUUAGAUUUCCCAGAAUGGAUUUCCGUUCAAUCAACGACCUCCCCUUCACCGUCGACAGCGAAUUCAAGUUUCUCAUCAUCGUCGAGUUGCUGGGUUUCAUCGCUUUCCAAUCGGAUUCAUGAAUUGGCAUGUAACCAGGGACCCAAUUGGUCAGUUUCUGAUGGCAGCUGGGUCGUCGUGAGGUAAACAUAUCUGACGGCUGUGAUUCAAAGAUACUAACACAUCAACGGCUGUGAUUGGAUAUGUUUUUGUAGUACUGGCAUGAUGGGUUGAUUUGUAAAUGAUUAAUUUUUUUUUUUUAAAUAGGCAAUGGAGAUUUGUAAAUGAUUAGGACACUAGAGAGAUGUUUUAUUCUUUUUUAGGACUGACAGUUUCUUGAUUGGUCACUGAGGUUGCCAGAGUGUACAGUCGAUUCUUUUCAUUUUUACUGAAAUUAAAGAUAUAAAAUAAAU